AUGUCACGAGAUAGGGCAGCUUUAAUAUGUCAAGAGAUAGGACAGCUUCAAUAUAUCCAAGAAACGAAUAUGGGUGAUAUACUGAUAUUCCAUGCUCCUGACGGCGAAGCCUGGGCGAACUUCUUAACAAACAAACUGGUUAGCCCUUACUAUGAAUUACCUAUUAGAAAAAGUCUAUUCAACUCAGAGGGGUUCCAUUUUUCAACAGAAUGUCACGUACAAGUUCUCUUACUGACACCAGAUUUGUUGGAAAUCGCAUCAAAGAAUUCGACAAAUUUUCUUGGUUUGAUUCCCGGUCGAUGUGUGGUGAUAUUACUUGGAAUCAAUAGAGAAGAAGUUCAGAUGUGUUUAAGAGCUGGAGCUCAAUGUGAUCAUUUAUUUGCCUGUAAAGUGUGUUAUGUGACCAAUGACAGUACCACCAUCACCAAAACUCUUGUUACUAUCAUCGAAACAUUCGAGGAAUUUAACCCAAGUGAUGAUGAUAUUUAUUCUGUUCCACCCAAACCAAUACAGAUCAAUCAUGUCCACCAGAUAAUACCAAAACACGUCACACAGGGUGGAAAUGUUUACUUACUUCUCGAUCGUAAAUCAGACACAGAUAUUACAAUCCAAUGUGAUCAGAUUGAUGAAGGUAUUGUCUCAGACUGUCUGGAUAAAGUUGUCUAUAGCCUUAAACUUCCAGAAAAUAUCAAAGGAAAUGUUGAUUUAAACAUUAUAACAGAAGACCAGGUCAUUGGUGAAGGUCGAGUCACUGUGGACUCUAAAUUAGACCAGAUGAAAUCGUUACUAGAAGACAUCACAGAUCCUAUAUAUUUUCUCUGUCAAUCUCUCGGACUAUCAACUUACACCUCUGUAGCAUUAGACACUGUUUUAACACAGAAAUUAAAAUAUAAAUCCUCCCCAGUAUUAUUCCAGCCCUUUUUAUCGUUGAAUGAUGUACAGUUUUCAGACGAAAAAUGUAGUUCAUGCUGGCCGACAUUACUACACUUUGCUGCAGAGUAUAAUCUAAAAAAAUUUACUGAGGAAUUACUCAAAUAUCCUGGAAUGAUUGUAGCUGCUACAACAGAGAAUUGUGAGGGUAAUUUCCCAUCUACAAUUGCUGAACAUAAAGGUCACAUGGAGAUUGGAAAACGUCUGUUAAAUUUUGUCUUGGAGAACAAAAAUGAUAUAGAUAGUGGUAUAUUGACAGAUCCUAUUGCUUUAGACUUGCCACCACCGGAACCACAUUUUCCCGCUAAAACUGUUCGAUAUGUCAAUCAAUUACAAUCAAUACCCGAUCAACAGGUUUUACCGUCUGAAGAUUCAGAUUACAUUAGAAUGGAUUUAGUUAACAGUCAGAUGUUUGCUGGAAACAGAUCAGCUUCAGAUAAUGAUGCUUAUAGAAUGUCUUUAAUGAAUAGAGAUGAGUCACCAAGACGUCUGGUGAAGGACCGAGAACUACCAAGAGCCCCUUAUAUACCAAAGAAACCAACAAGUCAGUCAUUCGACAGUUCAAUAGACGAAGAUGAGGAUGAUGCUAUUUAUAGCGUCCCCCCUCCAGCUUCACCUCUCAUCCAACCACGAUUUAGACCGGAUGUUUUCAGUGAUACCAGUAGUCAUAGAUCUUCAACAAUAUCAACAGCAUCUUCUACCACCAGCAACCAUCAGCUAUCUACUAGUCAACCAAUAUCACCAGUUAAAGUUGAGGUGACACAUUCCGAAGCAGGUAGUCCAUCAACAUUCUGUAUCAGUGAGAUUAGUUUCCAGGAGCAAGCUCAGUCCAAACUCUCUGCCCAAUUUUUAUCAGUAGAUUCCGGGUCGAGAGAAGACGUGAGGGUUGAUAAAUCUAUAAGAAGAAAUAAAACCAUUCAAGCUAAGAUCUCAUCAUUCCUUAGAAAGUUUAAGACAAAGAUGAACAGUAGUGCUGAUGUACCAAAAACUGAAAAGAGAAGUAAAAUCUAUGGGCGAUCAAUUGGAAGUGAUCCAGGGUUUGAUAGUGACAGUACUUUAGCUGCUUUAGUCUUUGGUAAACAAGGCAGAGCUGGUAGUUUAUCUUCAGAUAAGGUUGAAGUAGAGACUGAAAGAGAUAGUGGUAGUUUUAGUGAAGAAGACGAUGAUAAAAUACAUGCCAUGAAAGAGUCUGUGGCCAAAAGGGAUGUGAAAAAGACAAAGAAGGGCGACAAAGCUGGUCUUGCAAGGAAGAAAUCAGUCCGCGUAACUAGAGUAUUGAAAGAAGAAACAACUGAUGCGCCAGUUGUACCAAUAAAACCAUCACCAGAUAAUGACCUUCUUUAG